AUGGCGCUACUUCGCGACGGCUUCGAGCAGUGUGUGGAUGAUGCGGAGAAGAGAUGUUUCGAACAGCAGGACAAGCUGCAGGCUCUCCUUCUGGGAAGCCUUGCCAACGUGCCGGGUCACCUUGACCUUUGCCGGACCUCUCCGAAGUUGGCAGCACGAGUGCUUCGCUUUCUCAAGGCUGCGUGGCUUCGCGCUGAGCCUCCGAGGAGCGCCGCUUUCCACCCGGCGGCGGCUGCCUGGUGCAGGGUCUUGGAUGCUCUGGAGCAGGCUAGAGGAACAGAUCCGCAGCUUGUCCCGGUGCUCCGGUCCGGUGAUCAUCUCAUGCUGGCCUUUCACCCAUGCUUGGAGGGAUGCGAGCGCCAGUCAUUGCAAUAUUGGAAGAUGUAG